AGUCAGAGAGAGAACAAGCAGGUGUACUUAUUAUUUGAGUCUGUUUGCGUUAUUGAACAGACAGCUUGAUGUUAUUUAUAUGUUGUAGUUAUCGCAGAAAUUGAACCUAUAGAGGAGAGAGAUCCAGAAAAAUAGCACGUAAAAAGUCAUCAUCUUACGAAAAUGAACAGCAUGGGUGCUCAGGCUGUCCUCUCCGUCCUCCUCUUCACCAUAGGCACCGUGACGGCUGAUAAGGGAGAAGUAUCGUUCUGGAGGGAGAAUUUCAAAAUGACCUGUCCAGGAGAAGGGACUUGGUACAAGAUUGAUGAAGGACAGAUAACAACCAACGACUCAAAAAAUCAUGAACGUCAAUAUAAUGGCACAAGCAAAGGCGGCUAUUACUGUGAAUACACCAAGGAAGGAGGCACUCGUCAAAAAUAUUAUUUCUAUGUGCAAGGAAAGGCCUGUAAAAACUGCUUUGAGAUGGAGGCAUCUUUUCUUAUGCUGGCCAUCAUUGUGGACGUGGUCAUGACAGGAUUUGUGAUGAUGAUAAUCUACCGGUGCACCAAGAAGAAAAGCUCACCUGCACCUCACUCCUCCAAAGCACCUCCUGCUCGUUCAGGAGGCCGGGCUCCACCUGUCCCAUCUCCUGACUAUGAGCAACUGAACCCUCAAACCCGUGGCCAGGAUACUUACUCCUUACUCAACAGGACCGGAUAGAGAUGAGUCACCUGACUGUGCCAGGUCACAAGUUUAGACGCUGCACCAACGAAGGCAAUCAAUUGCAAAAGAUGUACGUGAACAUCAAUCAUGCUCACAGUAGCAUAGAAACUCUGGCUUUUGCUCUUUUGGAUUUAAAGGGUUGGGUCACCCAAAUGGCAAAAAAAAAAAAAAAGUUUUUACAUUAGGUAUUAGCUAUGCAGGUAGUUUAGGUUUUAUUUGUCCAGAUAAUCUGCCACCACCCCAAUACAAAGACAUGAAUGGCAUUUCAUUUGUUGUGGUCACAGUAUUAAAAAUUACAAUGAAAAAAAAAAUCAACAGCAACAUGUAUUUCCAGAAUUAGUGUGCACUUUUACUGUGAACGGCUUUAAUUGGAACUACUUUCUACGAAAGAAAUAGUACUCAUGAAAACAGUUUACAGUGUGUUCAGUGGAUUAUUCGGCUGCGUAGCUAUAUGGAUACCAGUCAGGACAAGAAAAUACUGUAUGUUUGUUUUCUGUACUUGUUCUUUAAUAUAUAAAGUUGGUAUUGUGUAGAACAGAAAGUACUGUCUAAUCGACAAAAGUGUAAUUGUAUAAAAAUGAUUUGUUUUGUCAUUUUAAAUGGAAAGAUAUACCUGUUUGCUGUACAUAUAUGUUUAUGUCAUUGUGCUUAAGUUCAGGCUUUUUACACUGUAAAAAAAAAAAAAGCAGACAUUUUUAACAGAUACACUGUAAAAUGUUACCGCAACUUAUUUUCCUCAUCAUAUCAACUUAUUUUUAGCUUACUUUUGCUUUUUCAUGCUCAUCUGCUGGGUUCAUGUUAAUGUGCAAAAAGUGUGUCACUAAUAAAUAAACCGCAGUCCA